AUGUCGGUAAUUUCAAAUAGUCUUCCGACUAAUAAAUCUGUUAGUAGUACAAUUGAUAAUAACUAUGAUCUACCUGAAAUGAAAUAUUUACGUCCAUCAGAUUCUAAUUCAAGAGAUAAUAUAGCUGAUUCUAAAAUAGCUAAUGAAUGGGCAGCAAAAAAACUUGUUUGGAUACCUGAUGAACAAGAAGGUUUUAUCUAUGGUCAAAUACGUCAAGAACAAAAUGAUGGACAAUUAAUUGUUGAUUUAGAAAAUGGUAAACGUAUUAGUAUACAUAAAGAUGAUACACAACGUGUUAAUCCUCCAAAAUUUAAUAAAGUUGAAGACAUGUCAGAAUUAACUUGUUUAAAUGAUGCAUCAGUAUUAUUUAAUUUAAAAGAACGUUAUUAUUCAGGAUUAAUUUAUACAUAUUCAGGUUUAUUUUGUGUGGUGGUUAAUCCAUAUAAACGUUUACCAAUUUAUUCUGAAAAUAUUAUUGAAAUGUAUAAAGGAAAAAAACGUGAGCAAAUGCCACCACAUAUAUUUGCUAUUGCUGGUGAUGCAUAUCGUUCAAUGUUACAACAUCGUGAAGAUCAAUCAAUUUUAUGCACAGGUGAAUCUGGUGCUGGUAAAACAGAAAAUACAAAAAAAGUUAUUCAAUAUUUGGCUUAUAUUGCUGCAGCACCGAAAAGUUCUCAACGAUCAUCAGGAAGUACCACAAGUCAAUAUCAGCAGUAUGGUACAAAAAUAAAUGAUAUAUCCGGUGAACUUGAAGAACAACUGCUUCAAGCUAAUCCAAUUCUUGAAGCAUUUGGUAAUGCUAAAACAGUAAAAAAUGAUAAUUCUUCUCGAUUUGGUAAAUUUAUUCGUAUAAAUUUUGAUACAUCGGGUUUUAUUGCUGGUGCAUCAAUUGAAACAUAUUUAUUAGAAAAAUCUCGUACAAUUCGUCAAGCUAAAAAUGAACGAACAUUUCAUAUAUUUUAUCAAUUUUUACGUAGCGCUAAUACAAAAAUGAUUGCUGAUUAUUUAUUAGAAGAUUUUAGUCGUUAUCGUUAUUUAACAAAUGGAAAUUUAACAAUAUCAGGUAUUAAUGAUAGUGAAGAAUUUCAACAUACAAUAAAAGCAAUGCAAAUUAUGACUAUAUCAAAUGAUGAACUUAAUGCAAUAUUUCGUACGAUAUCAGCUGUUUUACAAAUGGGUAAUAUGGAAUUUAAACAAGAACGUGAUACUGAUCAAGCAACAUUACCAGAUAAUACAAUAGCACAAAAAAUUUGUCAUCUAUUAGGAAUAUCGGUAACAGAUUUUGUACGAUCAUUUUUAAAACCAAAACUAAAUGUUGGAAGAGAUUUUGUUACAAAAGCACAAACAAAAGUUCAAGUUGAUUUUGCUGUUGAAGCAAUAUCAAAAGCUAUCUAUGAACGUAUGUUUAAAUGGAUUGUAACACGUAUAAAUAAAUCACUUGAUCGAACUAAACGACAAGGUUCAUCAUUUAUUGGAAUUCUUGAUAUAGCUGGUUUUGAAAUUUUUCAAUUAAAUUCUUUCGAACAAUUAUGUAUUAAUUAUACAAAUGAAAAAUUACAACAAUUAUUUAAUCAUACAAUGUUUAUUCUUGAACAAGAAGAAUAUCGUCGAGAAAAUAUUGAUUGGGCAUUUAUUGAUUUUGGUCUUGAUCUUCAACCAACAAUUGAUCUUAUUGAAAAACCAAUGGGUAUUUUAAGUUUAUUAGAUGAACAAUGUUGGUUUCCAAAAGCAACAGAUCGAACAUAUCUCGAGAAAUUAAUCAAUACUCAUGCUCAACAUCCAAAAUUCGGAAAACCAAAUUAUAAAGCACCAUCUGAUUUUAGUAUAAUGCAUUAUGCUGGUAAAGUUGAUUAUUCAACUGAUCAAUGGUUAAUGAAAAAUAUGGAUCCAUUAAAUGAUAAUGUUGUUGCUCUUUUACAAACAUCAAAUGAUACAUUUACACGUGAAAUAUGGAAAGAUGCGGAAAUUGUUGGUCUAGCAGUAACAGAUCAAAAUGAUACAACAUCUAAUUUAAAAUCAAAUAUAAAAAAAGGAAUGUUUAGAACAGUUGGUCAACUUUAUAAAGAACAAUUAACGAAAUUAAUGAAUACAUUAAGAAAUACAAAUCCAAAUUUUGUUCGUUGUAUUUUACCUAAUCAAGAAAAAAAGUCUGGUGUUAUUUAUUCACCACUUGUACUUGAUCAAUUGAGAUGCAAUGGUGUACUGGAAGGAAUUCGUAUUUGUAGAAAUGGUUUUCCAAAUCGAAUAUUAUUUCAAGAAUUUCGUCAACGUUAUGAAAUUCUUUGUCCAAAUGCAAUUCCAAAAGAAUUUAUGGAUGCUAAAGCUGCAGUAAAAAAAAUGAUUCAAGAACUUGAACUUGAUGAAAAUCUUUAUCGUAUUGGUCUCACGAAAAUCUUCUUUCGUUCAGGUGUUCUUGGUCAUUUAGAAGAAGAACGAGAUUUUAAAUUGACUGAUAUUAUGACUCAAUUUCAAGCAUUAUGUCGUGGUGUUCUUGCUCGAAAAAAUUAUCAACGACGUAUUCAACAAUUAAAUGCUGUACGUGUUCUACAACGUAAUGGUCGUGCUUUAAUGAAAAUUCGUAAUUGGAAAUGGUGGCGUUUAUUUACAAAAAUCAAACCAUUAUUACAUGUAACAAGACAAGAAGAAGACUUAAAACAAAAACAAGAAGAAAUUGAUCGUUUAAAAACUGAAGUCGAAUCACGUACAACACAAAUAAAAGAAAUGGAACAAAAAUUACAAUUAUUUCAACAAGAACGAAGUGUUCUUAAUGAACGUCUUACACAUUUAAAUGAUGUUUUUGUUGAAUCAGAUGAUAAUUUACGUCGAAUACAAACACGUAAAGAUGAACUUGAAAAUUUAUUACAAGAUACGGAACAACGUUUACAAGAAGCUACAGAUCAAUUAAAUCGAUCGAAUAAGGAACAAAUACAAUAUGAUCAACAAUUACGAGUUACAAGAGAACAUCUCGAAGAAGAAGAACAAAGUCGACAUAAAUUACAAAAUGAACGUAUACAAUCAGAAGGAAAAAUAAAAAAUCUUGAAGAUAUUGUUGCUACUCUGCAAAAUGAUCUUGCUAAAGUUCAAAAAGAACAUGAUGUUCUUUAUGAUAAAUUUCAAAAUACUGUUACUCAAUUACAAAAUGAAGAAGAAAAAUUAAAAAAUCUUCUUCGAAUUAAAACUAAAUUAGAAAGUCAAUGCAAUGAUCUUGAAGAACGAUUAAAACGUGAAACUGAGCUUCGUCAAAAACGUGAACGUGAAAUUCGUCAAAUUGAAAUUGAAAAUCAAGAAUUUCGUAGUCAAUUACAAGAUUUAACACAAAAUAUAAAAGAUUUAAAUAUACAAUUAAAACGAUCUAAUGAUGAUUUAACUAAAGCUAUGACAACAGCGGAAACUGAUGCUACAGCAAAAGCAAAUCUUCAAAAACAAAUACGUGAUUUUCAAAUUGAACUUGAUUCUAUAACAGCAGAUUAUACUAAUGAAAGAGAACUACGUAAAAGUUUAGAAUCUGAAAAACGUACAUUAAUGGAAGAAAAUAAUUCUUUACGUAAUGAAAUAUUUGAUAAAACAGAUGUUAGUCAAGAAAUACUUCAACGUGGAAAAAAACUUGAAGAACAAUUAUCAACAACAAAAAAUGAAUUAUAUCAAACACGAAAAAAUCAUGAAACAAUUAUCAUUGAUAUACGUUCAAAACAUGCAAAAGAAAUUGAAGAAUUAACAAGACACUUAGAAAAUGCUAAAAAACAAAUGCAAAUAUAUACAAAAGAUCUUCAACCAUUAAAAAAUGAUAUUAAAGAUCGUGAUAAUGAAAUAAAAAAUUUAAAUAUAUUUAAACAAGAUAUUGAAAGAAAACGUAAACAAUUAGAAAUACAAAUUCAAGAUCUUCUACAUAAAUAUAAUGAAAGUGAAAGAAUUAAAAAUGAAGCUAUUGAUAAAUCACAACGUUAUCAACAAAAUAUUGAAGCUUUAAAUUCAGCUUAUAUUGAAGUUGAACAACGUUUACAAAAUAAUGAACGUACAAUAAAUACACUUAAACAAGAUAAUCAAGAUUUACAAGAAAGAUUACAAGAUGAAAAUCGUCAAAAAAUGAAUGGUCUAUCAAAACUUCGUCAAACAGAAGAUUUAAUUAAUGAAUUAAAAGAACGUUUAGAUGAAGAAGAAGAAGAAAAUCAUAAAAUAAAAGCUAAAUUAACUCAAAUAACACAAGAAAAUAAUGAAUCACGUCGUAUAAGUGAACAAAUUGAACAUAUGGAAGAACUUCGUCGACAAUUACAACGUGAAAAAGAUGCUAUAUUAAAAGAACUUGAUAAUGAAAAAUUAAUCAAUUCAAAAUUAACAAAAUCAAAUCAAAAACUUACGAAUGAUAUUACUGAUCUUAAUGUUGAAUUAGAACGUUAUGGUACAAUUGUACAAAAUGUUGAAAAAAUGAAACGUACAUAUGAAAAACGUAUUCAAGAUGAAAAAAAAUUACAAGAAAAAUUACGUCAAGAACGUGAUCAAAAUGAACGAGAUUUACGUGAAAAAGAAACACAACGUUUAAAUUUAAUAAAAGAAUUAAAUGAACGUAAUUAUGCUUAUGAAGAUUUAGAUAAACGUUAUAAACAAUUACGUACAGAUAUGGAUAAAAGAACAAAUACAGAUGAUGUUGGAAGAUAUAUUCAAGAAUUAGAAAAAACUAAACGAAAUUUUGAAUUAAUUGUUGACGAUCAAAAACAUCAAAUAACCGAACUCGAAGAUGAAUUACAAACAUCUGAAGAGGCUCGUUUACGACUUGAAGUAAAUGUUGGUGCAUUGAAACAAACAAUAGAAAAUGCUACCCAAGAUUGUAAUAGAGAAAUUGAAGAUUUUAAACGUUCAUCAAAUCUAAGAUUAAAAGAAUAUGAAACUGAACUUCAAGAAGAACAAAAAUCUAAACAACAAAUAAUUCAACAACGUAAAAAAAUUGAAGUUGAUCUUCAAACUUCAUAUCAACAAAUCGAAGAAGCUAAUCGAUUGAAAGAAGAAACUAUACGUAUUAAUCGUCGAUUACAAACUCAAAUUCGCGAUUUAACACGUGAAUUAGAUGAUAUUAAACAUGUUGAUACUGUAACAAAUCAAACUACUAAAGAAUGGCAAACAAAAUUAAAAACAUAUGAACAAAAUAUUCAACAAUUAGCAGAAGAAAAAGAUCUUAUUGAACGACAACUUCGUCAAACUCAAAAAGAACGUGAUGCACUUCAUCAAGAAAUUGCUACUCUUAGUCGAGAAUGCAAUUUAUCCGUCGAUGAUAAACGUCGAUUUGACGCACGUAUUAAUCAACUUGAAGAAGAACUUGAAGAGGAACAAAUAAAUUCAGAAUUAAAUAGUGAUAAAUUAAAAAAGUUAACAAUAAAUUAUGAACAAGCUUUAUUUGAUUGUGCUACUGAAAAAGAAAAUAAUAAACAACUUGAAAUUAUUCGUAGUAAUCUUGAACGUCAAAUUCGAGAUUUACGUGAACAACUUGAUGCUAAUGAUGGAUCUGCAAACGAAAUGUCGAAAGCAAAAGUCGCUGCUUUUGAAGCUAAAAUCCAUGCAUAUGAAGAACAAAUUGAUAAUGAAGUUCGAGAAAAACAAAAGAUUUCGCGAAAUAUACGUUUACUGGAAAAACGUCUUCGUGAAGCAUUAUCUAUGGCUGAGGAAGCUCAAAAAGCAGCAAGUUAUUAUAAAGAAGAAUUUGAAAAAGCUGAUGGACGUCUACGUAAAAUGAAACGUACAAUAGACGAAUUACAAGAAGAUUUAUCACAAACAAAACUACGCUUACGUAAAGCUCAAAGAGAAAAGGAUGAGAUUGAAGAAACUUCAACAUAUGCACGAACUCGGUAA